AAAAUAUUAAUUAACCGGUACACCAAUAACCUCAAUCAUAUGAUAUGACCAAUCACGUAUAGUGAGUGAUAAGUACAGAACAACAAAAAAGUGACAAUUAGAUAAGAAAUAUAAACAUUAUUUGUUAUAAUUAGAGCACAGUAAAAUGUCAGGUGGCGAUAAUUUGAAUAUUGCUCUUAUUACAGGAAUAACCGGUCAAGAUGGUUCUUAUCUGGCAGAAUUUCUUCUAGAAAAAGGAUAUCGUGUUCAUGGAAUUAUUCGCAGAGCUAGCACAUUUAAUACAUCCAGAAUAGAACAUCUAUAUGCUGACAAAUUUACUCACAGAGGUGGUAAAAUGAAACUUCAUUAUGGAGAUCUGACAGACUCUAGUAGUCUGGUAAAGAUUAUUUCUACAAUAAAACCCACUGAAAUUUAUAAUUUAGCUGCACAAAGCCAUGUUAAAGUUUCUUUUGACUUGAGUGAGUAUACAGCAGAAGUUGACGCUAUCGGCACACUCAGAUUGUUGGAUGCUAUCAGAACAUGUGGAUUGGAAAAGCAGGUAAAAUUUUAUCAAGCAUCUACUUCAGAGUUGUACGGUAAAGUACAGGAAAUACCACAGUCAGAAACUACACCGUUUUAUCCCAGGUCACCUUAUGCAUGUGCCAAAUUGUAUGCCUACUGGACAGUAAUUAAUUACCGAGAAGCCUAUAGUAUGUUUGCAUGCAAUGGUAUACUGUUUAAUCAUGAAAGUCCAAGAAGAGGUGAAACAUUUGUUACUAGAAAAAUUACUAGGGAAAUAGCCAAAAUUUAUUUGGGUUUGUCUGAAUCUUUUGAACUGGGAAAUUUGGAUUCCAAAAGGGAUUGGGGACAUGCCAAAGAUUAUGUAGAGGCAUGUUUUAAGGCAAUGUGGUUAAUGUUACAACAACAAGUUCCUGAAGAUUUUGUCAUUGCUUCUGGAGAAUCACAUAGCGUACGUGAAUUUGUGGAGGCUGCAUUUAAUUUUGUAGGUAAAGAAAUAUUAUGGGAGGGCAAGGGUUUAGAUGAGGUGGGUAAAGAGAAAGGAAGUGGGAUUGUAAGAGUAAAAGUAAACCCAAAAUAUUUUCGACCUACAGAAGUGGAUAUUCUUCUGGGGAAUUCCUCAAAAGCAAGAAUACAGUUGGGAUGGUCACCAAAAGUGCCUUUUUUGCAAUUAGUUGAAAACAUGAUGAACUCUGAUAUAGAAUUAAUGAAAAGUAAUCCUUCAGCUUAAAAUUUUAUGAAACUAUUGAGGAUAUGUUCUGUAUUAUACAUAUUCACAUAUAGGCAUAUGAGAGGUUUGAAGGUAGUUAUUAAUACAGUAAUAUUGAAAAUAUUGAUAAAAAGCAUAGGUAUCAAUUACAGAUAUUUUUAAAAGUUUUUAUUUUAUAAA